UGCCGGGCUACGGGAGAGCGCGGAGCCCGGCGCGGGGAGGUGCACGGCGUGCACGCUGGGCUGGACCCCUAGGCAGCCCGGCGCCCUGCGCCUUAACCAGAACGGCUCCGCGCGCCCCUGAGCCUCGGGUUCCGGCCCGGACCUGCAGCCUCCCAGGUGGCUGGGAAGAACUCUCCAACAAUAAAUCCAUUUGAUAAGAACGAUGGCUUUAAAGGUGCUACUACAACAAGAGAAAACGUUUUUCACUCUUUUAGUAUUACUAGGCUAUUUGUCAUGUAAAGUGAUUUGUGAAACAGGAGACUGUAGACAACAAGAAUUCAGGGAUCGUUCUGGAAAUUGUGUUCAGUGCAGCCAGUGUGGGCCAGGCCUGGAGUUGUCUAAGGAAUGUGGCUUUGGCUAUGGGGAGGAUGCACAGUGUGUGACGUGCCGGCUGCACAGGUUCAAGGAGGACUGGGGCUUCCAGAAAUGCAAGCCCUGUCUGGACUGCGCACUGGUGAACCGCUUUCAGAAGGCAAAUUGCUCAGCCACCAGUGAUGCCAUCUGCGGGGACUGCUUGCCAGGAUUUUAUAGGAAGACAAAACUUGUUGGCUUUCAAGACAUGGAGUGUGUGCCUUGUGGAGACCCUCCUCCUCCUUACGAACCACACUGUGCCAGCAAGGUCAACCUCGUGAAGAUCGCGUCCACAGCCUCCAGCCCACGUGACACGGCGCUGGCUGCCAUCAUCUGCAGUGCUCUGGCUACCGUCCUGCUGGCCCUGCUCAUCCUCUGCGUCAUCUAUUGUAAGAGACAGUUUAUGGAGAAGAAACCCAGCUGGUCUCUGCGGUCUCAGGACAUUCAGUACAACGGCUCUGAGCUGUCGUGUUUUGACAGACCUCAGCUCCACCAAUACGCCCACAGAGCCUGCUGCCAGUGCCGCCGUGACUCAGCGCAGACCUGCGGGCCGGUGCACUUGCUCCCAUCCUUGUGCUGUGACAAGGCCUGCAGCCCCGACCGGGCGACCGUUGGUUGUGGGGUGCAUUCUGCGGCCAGUCUUCAGGCGAGAAACGCAGGCCCAGCCGGGGAGGUGGUGCCAACUUUCUUCGGGUCCCUCACGCGGUCCAUCUGUGGCGAGUUUUCAGACGCCUGGCCUCUGAUGCAGAAUCCCAUGGGUGGUGACAUCUCCUUUUGUGACUCUUAUCCUGAACUCACUGGAGAAGACAUUCAUUCUCUCAGUCCAGAACACGAAAGCUCAACGUCUUUGGCUUCAAAUAGCAGUCAAGAUUUGGUUGGUGGGGCUGUUCCAAUCCAAGCUCAUUCUGAAAACUUUACAGCAGCUACUGAUUUAUCUAGAUGUAACAACACACUGGCAGAACCGGCAUCAACUCAGGAGGCAUUAACUACGAGAAGCCAGCUAGAUCAGGAGAGUGGCGCUGUCAUCCAUGCAGCCACUCAGACGUCCCUCCAGGAAGCUUAAAGGACCUGCUUCUUUCUGCAGCAGAAGUGUGUGCUGGAACCCAAAGAGUACUCCUUUGUUAGGCUUAUGGACUGAGCAGUCUGGACCUUACAUGGCUCCUGGGGCAAAAAUAAAUCUGAACCAAACUGACGGCAUUUGAAGCCUUUCAGCCAGUUGCUUCUGAGCCAAACCAGCUGUAAGCCGAAACCUCAAUGAAUAACAAGAAAAGACUCCAGGCCGACUCAUGAUACUCUGCAUCUUUCCUACAUAAGAAGCUUCUCUGCCACAAAAGUGACUUCAAAGAAGGAUGGGGUUGAGUUGGCAGCCUAUGAGACUGUGGACAUAUAACAAGAAACAGAAAUGCCUUCGUGCUUAUUUUCAUGGUGAUUGUGGUUUUACAAGACUGAAGACCCAGAGUAUACUUUUUCUUUCCAGAAAUAAUUUCAUACCGCCUAUGAAAUGCCAGAUAAAUUACCUUAGCUUUUAUGUAGAAUGAGUUCAAAAGUGACUGUUUCUGUUUGAGAAGGACACUUUUUCAUCAUCUAAACUGAGUCGCGUAGGUGGUUAGAAUGGCCCUCAUAUGGCCUGCCUAAAUCUUGGGUUUAUUUGAUGAAGUUAACUGAAUCAGAGGAAUCAGACAGAGGAGGAUAGCUCUUUCCGGAAUCCACACUUCAGCCUCGGUCUCAUACACACCCGCUGGUGCUGAUCUCAGGAGCACACCAGGGCCGGGGAAUGUGGCUGAGAAAGGGCAGCCCAUUGCCCGGAAUUAACACACAUUGUAGAGACUUGUACCAAAGGCUGGCAUAUUUAUAUGAAAAUUAGUGGAUAUAGAAACAUUUGUUCCAUCUGUCCCUCUGCCUGAGCUUAGAAGAUUAUAGAAAAAGGGUAUUUAUAAACAUAAAUGACCUUUUAUUUGCAUUGUAUCUUAUACUAAAGGCUUUAGAAAUUACAGCAUAGCCGCUUCCCCUACUACUGAAAUAGUCUUCCAUGAGAACACACCACAUGUUAGGACUAGAAGAAAAUGUUCCAUUUGUAGGGGUUUAGAUGAAGCAGCUGUAACUGCCCUCGUGUAGUUUGACCAGGACAUUGUCGCGCUCCUUCCACUUGUGUAAGAUUAGUUAGCACAUCAUCUCCUACUUCAGCCAUCCCGUGUUGGAUUUAAGAGGAUGGAGUUUCUUUCUAUUAAGGUGCUCUAUCCCCUACCAUCUACACACUAGCACUGUCUCUAGAGCUAAGACAGAAAUUAACCCCGUUCAGUCACAGAGCAGGGAAUGGUUCAUUUGUUCUUAAUCUUUACGCCCUGGAGAGGACUUACUUGAACAGGGCACUUUUUCAGACUUUUGAACAUCAGUAUGUUCUAGUGCACUACAAUAUUUUGGUUUGGAAUUGCCCCAUCCAAGUCACUGUCUUUUAACAUUUAAAUGGAAUAUUAAAAUGUAUCUGUCUUUCCUGGGACAUUUUUAUCUUCUCAUGUCUUACCCACAGUUUUCUCUCUUUGUGAAAGAUUAGUAACAUUUAAUGAGCCCUUUUUCUUGUGGCCUUUUCUCCGUAGUUUGAGGUUUUGAAAUGUGUUUACUAGCUGGCCUGUGUCUGGUCCAUCUCGUGACCUCAAUUCCCUCACCUGAAAUAGGAAAUGAGUGUUUCACUGUAGCCCCCAAGCUGUCAUGUCAGCCUAGUGCCUAGUCAUAAUUAAUUGAUUUUUCCUGGAUUACUUUUUUUUCAAGUAUAAACCAAUGAUCCUUUGGUAGUAUGAACUCUUAGGAAAAUUGCCUUUUGGACAUGUAAAAUAUUUAGGAUUUGACCACACAAUGGCUGUGAAAAUGCAAGUAGAGUUUCCUCGCGUGACCUCACCGUGAUUCACAUACGUGCCACUGUUUCCCAUCUGGUCCUUUCUGUUAUGACAGAGAGAUGAUGCAAGUGGGCAGGGCUGUGUUCCUUUGUGUAGCCUGUAUGUAUUUGCCACAUGUAGAGCCCUGAUUAACUUCAAGGACAAACACUGGCUGGAGAAAGCCAGACUGAUGGGAAUGAGAUUUUGGCCAAAAAUCCCAGAACAUCAUUUGCAAUCAGCAGAGAACUGCUUAGGGUUGAAAAUGGAUUUCAUUUGCUACUGAAUUUGAUAAAUCCUGUGUAACUUUUAUCAAGAUGGAAGACAUUUUACCCUACUACUCUAGAAAUAUACAACAAUGUGAUAUUUUACACUUGGUCAACAUUUGAGGAAAAAAAAUCCAAUUUACACUUCACUUGGUUGGAAUAUCCCAUAGCACUCAAUAAACUCAGCUGCUAGAGUGCCGGUGUCAGGAAGGCUGUGUCGGGUAAUGCGUGUGACUGAAUGGGUAUAACCACUGUGGCUUCUCGUACUGCAGAAGCUUGCUGACAAGAAGGAGGAGGAUUUCAAGAGCAACCAAGUAAGGUCAUGCAUUUUCUAAUUUUGUGUAUAUGGAAUAUAUUUUUAAAUGGAGAUUUUUCUACUUUAGAUAAAGUGUUAAUGUUACUAUUACCUAGGUUAAGCACUAUUGUCUGUGUUGGUAAAAAAAAAAAAAAAAAAAGGAAAGGAAAACCAUCAUUGCUUUAAAAUAGCUUAAAUCAAUGUACCAUUUCAUCAUUGCUAUUUUGCAUACUGGAAUUUAUAAAUGUGUAAAUUAUAUUCUUAAAUAGUUUUGUAAUACCUUUUUUAUUUGUGAAUAAAAUUGUCACCUGGUAUUCUUA